AGAUAUAUAUAAUUAAGGGAGCCGAAACGGGGGCGGAAAACCUAACCGUUGUCUCUUCAUUCCAACUCUCCGUCGUAUUCGGUAAUCGCUAUAGCACACUCGCCUGAUUGAUUCCCGAGUUAACUCAAUUUCUCGCUAUAUAAAUUCCCACACAACCCAAUGAGGGUUUUAAGGUCUCGGAUAAUCGUUUCAACCGAAACCACACCCAAAUCCAAAACCCAAAAGACUAGACAACAAAACCACAACUUGGAGCCUUCUACUCCAGCCCAGAACAAGGAGCCCUCUGCGCUUUCUUCCUCUCGCUCCCCCAAUUCUCACCCACCUUCCGAUUCCCCUGCAGUCUCAAUGGGCCCAGAAUCGGAUUCGGUGUUGUCAUCUGGGUUAAUGCGGAGGCAUACCCGACGACUCUCUUCCAAGGUGGUGGAGCCCGAUGAGGCCUCGGGUCGGAAUAGGAGUGGUGGUGGCUCGAAAGAAGAUGAGGAAGAAGCGGUUGAUCACGGGGUUUUGGGUAUGGAUGUGAAUAAUGAGGGGGGUUUUACGUUGAUUGAUGAGAAUUUAAGGGUUGUUGAGGAUGGAGGUGAAGAUAGAGGAGGCGGUGAGGGUUUUGGUGAAGUUGGGUUGGGUUCGGAUACGGGAAAUUCUGGGAAGAGAAAGUUGGGUAUUGAUAUUAAUUCUCUGCCUUUGGGUUGUGAAGAAGACGGUGAAGGAAGUAAAGGGGUUUUGAAUUUGCGGUCAGGAAAGAAAGUUGGGAAGAGAAGAGCAGAAGGAGUUGAUGAAGAAAAUGAAGUUCAAGAUAUGGGUGAUUUUGGUAAAGAAACACCAGAAGGAGGAGAGAAACGAAAGAGUAAGUUGGCCGAUCAUGGUGAUUUGUCGAAUUGUCUUGAUUUAAUUGUGCUGGAUUCGGAAGAGGAAACGGAGAGUUUAGAUGUGAAUGUAGUUGAGGGUGGCAGUGUUGGAGGAAAUAGGAAGGGCAAGAGAAAAAUGAGUUUUGGAAGUGAAGAUGAAAAUGUGGAGGAAGCUCCUACUGCCAUUAGUAAUGAUACUCAUAAUAGGAGAAGGAGAUUCUGCAUUAACAAAAAAGGGAAGGGAAAGUGGAUUGAAUAUACAGUGGACAAUGAGGUCUUGUAUGGACCGCGGAAGGUUGAAAAGUUUGAGUCUAUUUUAAUGCUGGCCAAUGCAGUUGCACUUGUUCAAGAAGAGGAUAGGAUUAGGAAUUACAGAGAAGAUAGAGCAAAUAUGUACAGGGAACGGUUCAGAGAAAUAGCCAAGGAAAAUGCUACUCGAUUUGCUUAUUUUAAUCGCGAAGAGGAAGAAGAAAUGCCUGCUAAAGAUUUUAAUGAAUCGGAUACUGAAGAUUGGCCUGGUCCGUUUUCCACUGCCAUGAAGAUUAUUAGAGAUCGAGAGAGAACAAGUCUGCGAAGAUCUUCUUCUGUUGGGAGCAAACGUGCUCAACUUAUAUGGACGCCCAAGAACAGUAAAGGUAAAGAACAUGAGUGUUUGAGGCCCCGGGUUCCUACGCUUACCGAAUUAUCUACAAUGUGUCUUGCUGACAAUGCUGAUUCAAUCACCUCUCUUGAAUUUAUCCCGGACGGGUUGAAGCACCGGCUUAGUAAGUUGCUAAGUGAUUCUCGAAGGAUGGAUGGUCAAUUUUUUAGAUUGCUUGUUCAAGGGUCGCCUACUGAGGUUCGUUUAUGGGAUUGUUCUUGGCUAACAGAGGAAGUGUUUACAGAUUCUUUGGAGAACUUUGAUCCGAGCAAUUUAGCAGUGCUUCAACUUGAUCAGUGUGGACGCUGUCUGCCAGAUUAUAUUUUGGUUGACACCUUAGCCAAGUCAGCAAAUUAUUUGCCUGCACUAGUUACUUUAUCAAUUCGUGGGGCAUGCCGGCUUACAGAUGUUGGACUAAAGUUUCUUAUUUCCUCUACACCGGCACUUAGAUCUCUUAAUAUCAGCCAGUGCUCCCUUCUCACCUCUUCUAGUAUUGACACUAUAGCCAUUUCGUUGGGUUCAGUUUUGAGGGAAUUGUAUCUUGAUGAUUGCCAGGGCAUAGAUGCUAUGCUUAUGCUGCCAGCAGUGAAGAACCUUGAACAAUUAGAGGUUUUAUCUUUAGCAGGCAUGGAAAGCGUUUGCGAUACAUUUAUCAUGGAAUUUAUUAGAAGUCGGGGUGAUAAUAUAAAAGAGCUCAUUUUAACUAAUUGUGGAAAGUUGACAGAUUCUUCAGUGAAGAUCAUUUCUGAAACAUGCUCUGGGUUACUUGCAAUCGACCUUGGGAACGUGUGCAAACUGACAAGUUCUUCAUUAGUCUAUCUUGCAAAUGGUUGUCAGAACAUUCGAAGAUUGAGACUCUGUCGCAAUUCUUUCAGUGAUAAAAGUAUAGCUGCCUUCCUAGAAUCAUCUGGACUGUGUCUGGAGGAACUGUCUUUGAAUAACAUCAGGAAGGUCGGCUGCCAGACAGCCUUAUCGAUUGGCCGCUUAAGAAAGCUGAAUAGUCUGGAUUUGUCGUGGUGCCGGAAUUUGUCAGAUAAUGAAUUGGGUUUCAUUGUGGAUAGUUGUCCAUCUCUGAGGGUGCUUAAACUCUUUGGAUGUACUCAGAUUACAAAUAUUUUUCUCGAUGGUCACUCAAAUCCAGAUGUACAGAUCAUUGGCUUGAAAAUGUCUCCUGUUCUUGAUAAUGUUUGCUGGGCACAUCCAUAUGAUGCUCCACUGCGUUAUACUAGUGCACCUUCAUCUUAUCUCUAACUGGAGGUAUGAUAUCAAUGACUUGGAAAGAUGGAAUUCAACUGAAAAUAGUUUAAUCGGAUGAGCUUAUGGGUAAAUCUUUUGGUUUUUUUUUGUUUUUAACUCAUAGAAUACCCUGCACAAAUCGACUCCUUUUGCAAAUAGAAUACAAUUUGAAAGUGUCCAACCUUACAUUGUACAAGAACUCGGAACAUCAGAUGUUUUUUGUUGGUUCUGGUGGAAAUGGGAAGAAUAGCAAAUUUUUGGACAA